AUGCCAAUUCAGCCUGCUCGCCCGGAGGCUCCUCCGGAUCUCUAUGCGCACUCGGAAGCUCCCUCAUUUGAGGAAGAUUACGAGUCGCAGGGAGAAACGGAAGAAUCGCUGCAGCGCAGACGCAGCAUCUGUACGAUGCUAAGCAAUACGAACGCAGCAAUACCGCCAUCUACCGACGAGCGUCAGCUUCUUGACAGACGUCAAGAGGCCCUUCGGACGCAUUUGUCGAAUAUGCGCGCAGCCGUUCGCGUACUGCGAGAAAGACAACAAGCCUUUUUAGCUUACGUAAGCAGUUCAGCGGACCAGGAAGCAGACAAUGAAGCAUAUCAGGCAUAUAUGCAAGAGUCCCGGGUUGAAGACGCAGCAGUCGCAGCUGAGAAGCCUCAUCCAAGUGCUUCAUACGAACCUGGAAGAAGUCAGCGCACGUGUCGAAAACCUACGUCGAAGAAGAGUCGACAACAGACCCGAUCCCCUUCACUACUAAUAACCAGCCAGCGCAGUCGUCAGUUCCUCGGAUCUCUCCGAGGGACACUCCACCCUUACGGCACAGCAGAUUCUCAUUCCGCCACCAUCGUCAAUUCGCAAGUUCCGCAUCAGUCGACAAUCCAGCUUGGAAAGCUCACUCUUGAGCCCUUCUCCGGAGACAUCACGCAGUUCCAAAGAUUCUGGCGUGCCUUCGAGGUAGCGAUUCACGACGACGUUACCAUAAGUACGACGUACAAGUUCCUCUACUUGCAAAGCCUUCCUCAAGGGCGAAGCGCAGAUUGUGUUGCAAGAUCUGGACCCCGACGAGUGCAACUACUACGAGUUACCAAGGACAUUCAAGGCGCACCUGUCGGUACCCAGGCUGUAGGUAUUGCUCAAGAGGUCAUCAUGAACUCUUGUGCGAAUACCGUCCACGGGAAGAGAGAUCGCGUCGUAGUCCUCGUCGGCACGACACUCACAGGUCGCGCAGAUACGACUACGAGCGCAACAGGCGAGAAUACCGUUCGCCAUCAGGGACAGAUAUCCAUCAAGAAGUCCCUCACAGAGAAAGUUAUCGUCGCAGGAGAUACACCGACAGCGAUCGCUCACGAUCCCCAUCUUGGGAGAAUCGUCACCGCAAUCACAGUCCACGGGCUUACUCUCCAGCAAAGAGGCACUCGUGUUCGCCAAACCGUGUUACUUUCAAUUCACCACCGCGCAAUCGUCAAUAUCAUAGUCCCGUGUAUUUUCGUCUUUGGACGACGUUUUAUCAUCACUCUAACACGUUUUACAGCUGCUGCCCAUCACAUUACGACGACG